CAGGCAUCAGCACACCACCAGCAGCACACAUCAUAGGCAGCUAGCCGGGUCUGUCACUGCCCAGGAAUACUUAUACUUACUAUACUCGAGCUCAUCUCCUUGAAUCCAUCUCAUUGGGUUGUCGGAUGUAUGAUGGUGGCCUGAUACAUGGGUCCAUCCGGAUAUAGUAUGCAGGCUGCUUGUAUCAUGAUCAUGAUCAUCACUCCCAGCCUGGGUAUUUGAAUCGAUUUCUUUGAUUAUUGUCAGUGCAGUGGUGGUUGCACAUUACUCCUAUCUAUUAAUUAUCGCCUCGCUGAGAUUGUGCAUGAGUUUCGUGGGAACAAAGAGUGAUUAACCAUGCCGGAAUCGGAGUCGGAAUAUAAGGUGUCGUAUGAGUCGGAGUUGGAUACCUACCAACUCUACCACCGCUAUGAAGAACAACCAUCCAAGCCUCCCUCGGCGGUAUUAAGUGGUCCGGCUCUCCCGGCGUUGGGAAAUGCCCUGGCUGGUGCGGUCGGGGCCGCGUUAUCGAAUGUGGCUACGUAUCCGUUGAGUUUGAUCGUUGCGCGGUUGCAAACCCAGAAUCUGAAUCGGCGGGCUAAGGGGAAGUCGGGUGAUACGAGAGGUGAUGAGGAAGGGGAUACGGGAGAGGGAGAAUAUACGGGUGUGAUCGAUGCAGCGCGCAAGAUCUACAUCCAGGAAGGGAUCGGGAGCUUUUAUACCGGCCUUGCGCAGGAUACUGUCAAGUCGGUGGCAGAUUCGUUUCUGUUCUUCUUGGCGUAUGAGUACUUUCGACAGCGGAGGAUCAAGGCUCGGUUCGGGAGUGCGGGGAGGAGGAGAAAGCAUGUCGUUUUGCCGGUGCUGGAUGAGUUGGUGGUUGGGGUGUUGGCGGGGGCGUUUGCAAAGUUGUUUACCACGCCGUUGGCGAAUAUUGUGGCGAGGAAGCAGACGCAGGCGCGGACGGGGACCGGGAAGGGUUCUGCUAGUACGAGGGAGAUUGCGGCGAGGAUUAGGGCUGAGAAAGGGCUGAGGGGGUUUUGGUCAGGGUACUCGGCUUCAUUGAUUUUGACGCUGAAUCCGUCGAUUACGUUCUUCUUGAACGCCGUGUUGAAGUAUGCGGUGUUGCCGAGGAAUCAGCGACAGAGGCCGUCUGUAAUGGCGACGUUCUUGUUGGCUGCGGUUAGCAAGUCGGUGGCGUCGUCGGUGACAUAUCCGAUUUCGAUGGCGAAGACGAGAGCGCAAGUUGCUGGGAGUCAGACUUCAACGGCGAAUGGGGAGAAGAAGCAGGAGGAUGAGGGGAUUUCGUUGACACCGGCGAUUAUAAGCCAUGUGGUGGCGAUUGCGCGCACCGAGGGCGUUGGUGCGCUUUAUGCUGGGCUGCCGGGCGAGGUUCUCAAAGGGUUCUUCUCCCAUGGCUUCACGAUCUUGGCCAAGGACGCGGUGUAUUCGGCGAUCGUGCAGAGCUAUUAUCUCCUGCUGGUGGCGCUUCGAAGAUACCCGACGCCGGAGGAGCUGCUUCGGCGCGCCCGCGAACAAGCAGAGGAGUAUGCAGACGCUGCCCGCGAGGGUGCUCGUGAUCUAGCGGAGAGAACCCGGAGCGGCACCGAGGAGAUUCUGAGUCACCAGGCUGGCGGUGUGACGGUGGAUAUGACUUCAAGUGAUACUAGUUCGGGCGCAGCAGACCUGGCGGGGUCGAAUGAGACAGCGGAGAUGGUGGGAGAUUAUGUCGAGGAUGAGGGAAAUGCGAAGGAUUUAUAUCAUUGGUUCUGGGAGAAGGAGAAUUAUAGCGACGUCCUCAUGUCGACCGAACCCCAUCCAAGUCCCGGUCUCGGGGACCUGGAAAAGGAACUCACCUGCUCGAUCUGCACAGACCUGCUUUACCAACCGCUUACCCUCCUCGACUGUCUUCACACCUUCUGCGGCUCCUGUCUGAAAGAAUGGUUCUCUGCACAAGCCUCUCGCUCCCGAUCGUCUGUCCGCUUCACCUGUCCCUCCUGUCGAGCGGUCGUCCGCGAAACCCGCCCCAAUGCUACCGUCACCACAUUGCUAGAUAUGGUUCUAGCGGCCAGUCCCGACCGAGAUAGAUCGGCGGAGGAAAAGGAGGAGAUCGCGCAAAGAUACAAGCAUGGUGAUUCGGUGUUUCCUACACUGCCGUCGUCGGAACGGAGCGCUGCGGCGUCGGAUGAGGAAGAUCGGCGGUUGCUGGAAGAGGUUCGGGAACUCAGUUUGCAGGACAGUCGGGCCCGGACGAGAGCUACCGGUCAUCGGUCCAGGCAGUCAUCUCGGGCUCGUCACACUGACGGGGCAGAUACCGAUGGGUCACGACGACGGCGAGACGAGGAACGUGCGGCCCGGCGCAGACCAGCGGAUAAUGCUUCUGAGCGCACCAGACGCAUAGAGCACCAGUCUAGUCUACGGUCGUUGUUGAGUUUGUCAGAUACGGAGGCUAUACAAGAGGAAAUUCUGCGGCAAAUUCUCGAGGAAGGGCUGUUGGAUGAUAUUGAUAUGGAAAACCUGGGUCCGGCGCAGGAGGAAGAGCUUAGUGAACGCAUCGCUGAUGCUUAUCGGCGGAGGCAUAGGUUGCGGGCACGUUCGCAGCAGCGGUCGGAGAGAGAUGAGACCCGACAGGCUUCAUCGCGGACUCGUGCUCGGUCGCAGUCAGUGCAGAGACCUCAGGAGAGUUCUACACAAAACGACUCGGGCCGAAAUCCUCCUGUGUCGAGACCAUAUCUGCUUGAUCCGCUGGUGUCGCGCAACGGGGCACCCGGUCAUCAGAGGCGAUUGUCGGACCAGGGUAGCAGCCAACGGCGAACGUCACCUGUACCUGCAAACCCGGCGUCUUCGUCAGAGAUCUCAUUGAGACCUGCAGCCCGGUCGUCCAGUGAUGUGGUCGCUGAGCGUCCUCGAAACUCGCAAGCUGCACGGGUCAGGAACGAUUCGUCUGCGCCACGGUCCCGACGCGCUACAGCAUCUGAGCAGAAUGUUCCGAACAUCUGGGUGGAGGGCACUAGGGAGCGUGCAAUUCGACGCCCAGGAAGAUUAUCGAUCGAUUCUCCGCGAGUGGUGGCAUCGCCCGAGCAGAGUACACGCACUGGUUCCUGGCCAGCAAGUUCUGGGGUGACUGCACCUGCAAUCAGUUCUCUGGUAGCCGAGGUCGGCCCAGGCAGAUCAGAGGCACGCUCCCGACCAUCUUCGUCUCGAUCCAAUGCACCUCGAUCGACCACUUACAAGGAACCAUCCAUAUCAUGCGACCGAUGUGGGAAGGCCAACAUUCAAUACGAUGUACACAAGAAAUGCCGAACAUGCAAUGGCGGCGAAUAUCACCUCUGCGCUAGAUGCUAUCACCUCGGUCGCGGGUGUUUGAACUGGACAGGCUUCGGAGCAUCCGCAGAAGCGAGCUUUGAACGAAUCCUCGCUUCCUCAAGCGGCCAUCCCCAGCCGUCUAGUUCACAACAACACAUCCUCUUGUCCUGCCAGUACCGCCGUGCCCCAGACUCGGCUUACCGCUCUGAUCGAGACGGACGAGUCCUCACCACCGACGACCCUACCAACAGAUUGAUCACCGGUUUCUUCUGCGACAGCUGCCAGUCCCCGGCAAAUGACUGCUACUGGAAGUGCCAUCAAUGCAACGAAGGCGAUUGGGGGUUCUGCAACCGCUGCGUUAAUCAAGGCCGGUGCUGCACGCACGCCCUUCUUCCCAUCUGCCGCAUGGUGCGCAGCCCGCACUCCUCUCCAUCUCCAACCUCCACCGACAACAAUUCUCCCUCCCGCUCCCCGGAAACUUACAAAAUCCUCUCCAUCGCUACGAACUGUGACAUCUGUGCCCAUCCGAUCCCAGACUCUACCCCUCGCUUCCACUGUCUCCAAUGCAAUGAUGGUGACUACGAUAUUUGCACCAACUGCUACUUCCGUCUCGUGGCGAUUGGCAAGAUUCGCAAAGAAAACGGCCACAACGGCUGGCGCCGCUGCCUCAAGGGUCACCGCAUGACCGUCGUUGGAUUCGAAGAACAUGAAGAGGGCCAACGACGAGUCGUCGUCCGCGAUCUUGUUGGUGGCCGCGCCCUCAACGACGACCACCUGCAGCCCUCCCCCGCAGCCACCCCAGUCACCGCGCACUUUUCUUCGAACCACAACAUCGCCUCUCCUGAAGUCGGAUCCGGCGACUGGAGCUGGAAAGAGGGCUCUGAGCGACGGAAAAAGGCCUCGCGGAUGCGACCCUGGACGAUGAACGACCGUGACCGGGCUUCCGAACCAAGCACACCCAUUGCCAGCCCUUCACCCUUUUCUCUAUCCACCCCGGCACUGUCAUCACAAAAUCCAUCGUCUACCACCCGUCGAUAUCCACCCGACGGCGGCGUCGGACUAAUUGUCCACGCCCUAUGGUCCUGGUACCCCGAAGACGGAGUCCAAGACGAACUGAUGUUCCCGCGCGGCGCAGAGAUCACCGAGGCCGAAAACAUCAACGACGAUUGGUACUGGGGCUGCUACGCCGGACUGACGGGGCUGUUCCCGGGCGCGCAUGUAUAUGUAGCCGGCGAGGUGGCCUAGCCAGCCUGGACUGGAUCUGAUGUUGAUUUUGUGUUGAUUUCCACUGUUUGUUGAUGACUGACUAUUGAUGAUGAAGGUUCAUGACGUGCAUGAUUUAUGUAGCAUAUGUGGCAAUAUGAUGAUGAAUGAAUGAAGGAAUGAGCUAUGCAUGUUUCACGUAUUUUAUGUUGAUUCCUUUUCUGUUCGCCGUUUCUGUUCUCUGUUCUCUGUUCCUUUUGUUAGUACUCCCACGGUUCGUUACCCUCCCUAUCAUCCGUUAUUCUUCUUCCAAGACAACGCCCCAUGUCUUUCAAUUCAUACCAUAUCAGAUCAUACCAUACCAUACACGAAUACUACAUG